CUAUUUUUAAACUACAUUGCUCAAGAAUUGAAACCAUGGCAAAAAGCUACUUUGCUGUCAAGGUAUGCAUUUGGUUAGAACUGAACUAAACCGAAUCAAAAUUUUAAUUUAUUUCAAAACCAAACUAAUAUGGUGUUUUUUUUAGAGAAAACUCAGGAGAAAGUCUCAGAUGAUGCUCACCUUAGUUUCUCUAUUUUAAGCUCCUCAUAUGACCUCUGCUUUUGGAUUUAUGCAAAAAUGGCCGUCAUAGAAUUAGAAAUGAAGAGAAAAUACUUGUCAUGCACACAAAUAAGUCAUGCAUAGGCAUAGCCACUGUCCUUAUGCAGAAACUUGGCAAUCCGCAUGUACUUGAACAUUUAUUUGAACCCGAAACUUGGCUGUCCGCAUGUUCUUUUCUCGACACCAAAUCAUAUUUCUCUUCACAUCCCAAAAUACAAAGGGUAUGGUUCGGUUUUUGCACACCCCUACUCGAUAGCGGCAGCCAAGUUGGACUGUAUAGCAAUAUCAUUUGAGUCGUAAUCAUGAUAAUGAUAGCUGAGAACAGAGGAAACUUAAUUUUCUUUUGCUUCCUAGAUCAAGUGGUUUGAGUAGCCUACAAAGUUAGACUGGUCAAAUCUUGCUGAGUUUCCAGCACAAUUAACAGCUAUUUUUAGUCUAAUUAUUUAGAAAGAAACCUCAUCUCAUAGCUUCAGCACAGGAAAAUAUAUAAAUGUUAAACUUUCUUUUAAGUUAAUUAGUUUUCUUUUCCAGAUCGAGGCUUCAUGGAUGGUCCUCGUGAGCUGCAACCAGAAAUCACAGCUUCUGUGGAGGAAGCCUCAAAAAAUGAAGUCUCUGUUAAUCAACAUCGCAGGCUGCUUCCUAAACUUGUAAAUUAUAACCGGUGGUUACGCAUUGCUUUCUAUACAAUCUUCCUUCUCUCAGGCCAAUCUGCUGCAACUCUUUUGGGAAGAUUAUAUUAUGACAAAGGUGGUAAUAGCAAAUGGAUGGCAACAUUUGUUCAAUCUGCUGGCUUCCCUUUACUUCUUCCCCUCCUUUUCUUUUUCUCAUCUCCCACUAAAUCCCCAAACUUCACCUCUAAAACUAAGCCAAAACUAUCCACCCUUUUGCUUCUUUACCUCGGGUUUGGCCUACUUUUAACCGGCGACAACUUGAUGUACUCGUACGGACUCCUAUACCUUCCGGUCUCGACUUAUUCGCUUCUAUGCGCAACUCAGCUGGCCUUUAACGCGCUCUUCUCCUUCUUCAUCAAUUCGCAGAAGUUCACCAUUUUGAUAUUCAAUUCAAUAUUUCUACUGACUGUUUCCGCCUCCCUUCUCGCAGUUAACGCAGACUCCGAAAAUUCUUCGGGGAUCUCUAAAGCGAAAUACGCAGUUGGAUUUCUGUGCACAGUCGGCGCAUCUGCAGCGUACUCUCUAUACCUUUCGUUACUGCAGCUAGCUUUCGAGAAGGUGAUAAAGAGCGAAACAUUCUCUGCUGUUCUUGAUAUGCAAAUAUAUCCGUCAUUCGUUGCAACUUGUGGCUGUGUCGUAGGCAUCUUCGCUAGCGGAGAAUGGAAAUCCUUUGAAACCGAGAUGAAAGGAUACGAAAAAGGUAGCGUUUCGUAUCUGAUGACUCUCAUUUGGACUGCUAUUAGUUGGCAAAUUUGCUCCAUUGGUUUGUUGGGGUUGAUUUUUGAAGUAUCCUCUCUUUUUUCCAAUGUGAUUAGUACAUUGGCCUUGCCAAUUGUUCCCAUUCUUGCUGUGAUAUUUUUUCAUGAUAAGAUGGAUGGAGUGAAGGUUAUAGCCAUGCUGAUGGCUGUGUGGGGCUUUUUUUCAUAUGGUUAUCAGCAUUAUAUUGAUGAUGUUAAAUCUAAGUCAAGUCAUAAUUCUGCUAAUGAGGCUGCUUCUGGUCAAGUAGAAAUUUGUUGAUUUAAUUAUUAGUUUGUAACUAUAUAUGUAAGGGAGUGUAGGACUUGAGAUUGAUUGAUAUGGUAAUAAGAAAGAGGGAUGGUAUAUAAUACAAUGUUUUUAUACUAUUUUUUUUAUAA